AAGAUGAUCGGCGCCCUUAUCGCGCAACCAACUACAUACCGUAAAUUCGAACGUAGAUUCAACGCGAUCCGUCGCGUCGCGGUCCUCAGUAUCGAGAAGCUGGCCGAUACCGUGCACGCCUAAGAGUUUCGCCAAAAUCGCUUGUACAUCGGCCCUACGAUAUCAGUUGAUUAUGACCAUCCAUUUUGUCUCGUCAUCGACGCGGUUACUACCGACCUGGACAUUCGUAGUGCCGUGACUGGACUCAACAGAGAACGAUCUCCCGUGUAGGCCGCCGUACCCAGCGGCCGCCGGCACACGGGUACCUGCCGCGCGAUGCUGGACCUCAAGAGCAGCGGGACCACCGCCGCGGAACUGCCACGUACUACGGCGUUCACCAAUCUAUCGAUGCUGUUCGCCGAUGCCAGCAGCUCGUACAAAGGUGGCUGGAGCCACGCCACGUCGCCGGCUCCUGGACAGGGAUACGGAAGCAGCUUAUCCAAGUCAGCACUGGACACGCACACCCACCUCAGGCAGCCUGAUCCCUACCAAAUGUUCGGAGCGACGAGCAGUCGGCUCGCAAGCUCCGGUUCCGGUCAGAUUCAACUCUGGCAAUUUUUACUCGAGCUACUGUCGGAUUCGAGCAACGCCGCGUGCAUUACGUGGGAAGGAACCAACGGCGAAUUUAAGUUGACUGACCCCGACGAAGUGGCGAGACGUUGGGGCGAAAGGAAGUCCAAGCCUAACAUGAAUUAUGACAAAUUGUCGAGGGCUUUAAGGUACUACUACGAUAAGAACAUCAUGACAAAGGUCCAUGGGAAGAGGUACGCGUACAAGUUCGACUUCCAGGGUCUAGCAGCAGCGACACAGCCCGCGGCUGCGGACCCGGCUGCCUACAAAUACCAGAGUGAGCUGUUCAUGUCCGGCUACGGACACGCGAAGUUGAACCUCAUGCCGCCACCGGCUGCCUCCGUGUCGGUCUCCGUUCCAGGAGGCCUGUUCCAAUCGGCCUCUAGCUACUGGUCCACGAGUCCGGGUGCUAACCUGUAUGCAGGACACCACACAGCCUCAGGCCAUGUGCCGCCUCAUCUGGGCACUUAUCCGCACUACGCAUGACCCACCGCAGAGCACUGGGGCGCCCUGGUGCCGCGGAAAAGACUAAACCGCGAGCGACCAACGAAAUUUCUACGAGGAUCAUGAGUUCAACCGUGCAACCAAAAAAUCUCAUUUCCAGUUC